AAACGCAUUUGAAAACAAUGGAAAACUGAAAAAGAUUCAUAAAUACUCACUGUUUGUGUACAUAUGCAUGUAACUUGGGUUGUUGUGCCAGAAUCUUAUUUAUAUGUGAGGGGAUGGGUUUCAGACGUCCAGGGAGUAGCGCAGGCUGCCACACAAACACAUUUUCUAGGCAUGGAGCCUGCGAUCAGGGACAGCGUCACACUUUGUACAGCACUGCACUGAACUAAGGACUACAGACUAGACCUGGACUACAAACUUCUGACCUCUAGGAUAAGGAUAGGCUGAUUUCUGAUCGUCUUUGUCCCAGCACUGGCUCUUUUCCUCAGUUAAACACCUCUAGCCUGAUCUGCAAUGCCCGCCACUGGAGCCUCAGAUCCAAAAUCGGAGGAUUUCUCCACUGCUAUUCUGAAGCAGAAGAUUCGACCGAAUCGACUCAUCGUGGACGAAGCCAACAAUGAGGACAACAGUAUUGUGUGCUUGUCACAGGUUAAAAUGGAGGAACUGCAGUUGUUUCGGGGAGACACUGUGGUGUUACGCGGCCGGAAGAGGAGGCAGACGGUCUGCAUCGUUCUCACAGACGACACAUGUGUCAACGAGCGUGUGCGCAUGAACAGGGUCACCCGCAACAACCUGCGCGUGCGUCUCGGUGAUGUCAUCAGCAUCCAUGCUUGUCCAGAUGUGAAAUAUGGGAAGCGCAUCCAUGUUCUACCCAUUGAUGACACUAUCGAGGGGCUAACGGGCAACCUGUUUGAGGUUUUUCUAAAGCCGUACUUCCUGGAGGCCUACCGACCUGUUCACAAAGAUGAUAUUUUCCUGGUCAGAGGAGGUAUGAGAGCAGUGGAGUUUAAAGUAAUAGAAACAGACCCCGCCCCUCACUGCAUUGUUGCCCCGGAUACCAUCAUCCACUGUGAGGGAGAACCAAUCAAACGAGAGGAUGAAGAGGAGAGCCUGAAUGACAUCGGGUAUGAUGACAUCGGGGGUUGUCGUAAACAGCUGGCUCAGAUUAAAGAGAUGGUGGAGCUGCCUCUCAGGCACCCCGGCCUGUUCAAAGCCAUCGGAGUGAAGCCUCCGAGAGGAAUUCUGCUGUACGGUCCUCCCGGUACGGGCAAGACGCUGGUGGCUCGUGCUGUUGCUAACGAGACGGGAGCUUUCUUCUUUCUCAUCAAUGGUCCUGAAAUCAUGAGUAAACUGGCAGGAGAGUCUGAGAGCAACCUGAGAAAAGCUUUCGAGGAGGCUGAAAAAAAUGCCCCUGCUAUUAUCUUCAUCGAUGAACUGGAUGCAAUCGCUCCAAAACGAGAGAAGACUCAUGGUGAAGUUGAGCGGAGGAUCGUCUCUCAGCUGCUCACCCUGAUGGAUGGCUUGAAACAACGCGUUCAUGUUGUAGUUAUGGCAGCCACAAACAGACCCAACAGUGUGGAUCCUGCUCUUCGGCGUUUUGGUCGUUUCGAUCGAGAGAUUGACAUUGGCAUCCCUGAUUCCACCGGCAGGUUGGAAAUUUUACAGAUUCACACCAAGAAUAUGAAACUAUCGGACGAUGUGGACCUGGAACAGAUCGCCGCUGAAACACACGGGCAUGUGGGAGCAGAUUUGGCUGCUCUGUGUUCAGAGGCAGCGCUGCAGGCCAUCCGCAAAAAGAUGACCCUAAUUGAUCUGGAGGACGACAGCAUCGAUGCAGACCUUCUCAACUCAAUGGCCGUCACCAUGGAUGACUUCAAGUGGGCUCUGAGUCAGAGUAACCCAUCUGCUCUGAGGGAGACGGUGGCGGAGGUUCCACAGGUAAACUGGGAGGACAUUGGAGGACUCGAUGAGGUGAAGCGAGAAUUACAGGAGCUUGUCCAGUAUCCCGUGGAGUAUCCUGAUAAAUUUCUAAAAUUUGGAAUGACUCCAUCUCGAGGAGUUCUGUUCUAUGGUCCACCUGGAUGCGGCAAAACCCUAUUGGCUAAAGCCAUUGCCAAUGAGUGCCAGGCUAACUUUGUGUCUAUUAAAGGCCCAGAGCUGCUCACCAUGUGGUUUGGUGAAUCAGAGGCAAAUGUCAGAGAUGUGUUUGAUAAGGCACGCCAGGCAGCCCCAUGCAUUCUGUUCUUUGACGAGCUGGACUCUAUUGCUAAAGCACGAGGUGGCGGGGCUGGAGAUGCAGGAGGUGCGGCUGACAGGGUCAUCAACCAGAUCUUGACAGAAAUGGAUGGAAUGACCAAUAAGAAGAACGUCUUUAUCAUUGGCGCCACCAACAGGCCUGAUAUCAUUGAUCCUGCAAUCCUGAGGCCUGGUCGUUUGGAUCAAUUGAUUUAUAUCCCUCUACCUGACAUGGCCUCCCGCAGUGCCAUCCUGCGCGCCAACCUCCGCAAAUCCCCUAUCGCUAAGGAUGUAGACCUGGCAUAUCUGUCCCGUAUAACAGAGGGAUUCUCAGGAGCAGACCUAACUGAGAUCUGUCAGAGAGCCUGUAAGCUUGCUAUAAGAGAAGCUAUAGAGGCAGAGAUCCGUGCUGAGAGACAACGCCAAACCAGGAAAGAGACAGCUAUGGAUGAUGAUUAUGACCCGGUGCCUGAGAUCAGGAAGGAUCAUUUUGAGGAAGCCAUGAGAUUUGCUCGUCGUUCUGUCAGUGAUAAUGACAUACGGAAAUAUGAGAUGUUUGCUCAGACUCUUCAGCAAAGCCGUGGAUUUGGGAACUUUAGGUUUCCUACAGCACCUCAAUCAGGUGGAGGUCAGGGGUCAGGCCAAGGCUCUGGGGGUCAUUUCAGAGAUGAUGGAGAGGAUGAUCUCUAUCAGUAAUCAAAGUCAGUUGUCUUCUACCAGCCCAAAACCUGGCGUCUGCGACAGUGAGAGAAGAGAUGAAAAUCACUUUCAACUGAAAUCUGCACAUUGUGAUAAUUAUUAGUAUAGAAUAACCAAUAUCGGUGUAAUUUCUCAUUCUGACAGUUUUUAAUCUCUUGCCAGAAAGUGACAGAAAAAUUCAAUUGAAUGUCUAUUACUCUCAUAUUAAACUAUAAGAUUAUGUUGUUAAAUACAGUGAGGAAAAUAAGUAUUUGAACACCCUGCUAUUUUGCAAGUUCUCCCACUUAGAAAUCAUGGAGGGGUCUGAAAUUGUCAUCGUAGGUGCAUGUCCACUGUGAGAGACAUAAUCUAAAAAAAAAAAAAUCCAGAAAUCACAAUGUAUGAUUUUUUAACUAUUUAUUUGUAUGAUACAUCUGCAAAUAAGUAUUUGAACACCUGAGAAAAUCAAUGUUAAUAUUUGGUACAGUAGCCUUUGUUUGCAAUUACAGAGGUCAAACGUUUCCUGUAGUUUUCACCAGGUUUGCACACACUGCAGGAGGAUUUUGGCCCACUCCUCCACACAGAUCUUCUCUAGAUCAGUCAGGUUUCUGGCUUUGAGCUCCUUCCAAAGAUUCUCUAUUGGGUUUAGGUCUGGAGACUGGCUCGGCCACGCCAGAACCUUGAUAUGCUUCUUACAGAGCCACUCCUUGGUUAUCCUGGCUGUGUGCUUCGGGUCACUGUCAUGUUGGAAGACCCAGCCUCGACCCAUCUUCAAUGCUCUAACUGAGGGAAGGAGGUUGUUCCCCAAAAUCUCGCAAUACAUGGCCCCGGUCAUCCUCUCCUUAAUACAGUGCAGUCACCCUGUCCCAUGUGCAGAAAAACACCCCCAAAGCAUGAUGCUACCACCCCCAUGCUUCACAGUAGGGAUGGUGUUCUUGGGAUGGUACUCAUCAUUCUUCUUCCUCCAAACACGUUUAGUGGAAUUAUGACCAAAAAGUUCUAUUUUGGUCUCAUCUGACCACAUGACUUUCUCCCAUGACUCCUCUGGAUCAUCCGAAUGGUCAUUGGCAAACUUAAGUCGGGCCUGGACAUGUGCUGGUUUAAGCAGGGGAACCUUCCGUGCCAUGCAUGAUUUCAAACCAUGACGGCGGUCCCAGCUCUUUUCAGGUCAUUGACCAGCUCCUCCCGUGUAGUUCUGGGCUGAUUUCUCACCUUUCCUAGGAUCAUUGAGACCCCACGAGGUGAGAUCUUGCAUGGAGCCCCAGUCCGAGGGAGAUUGACAGUCAUGUUUAGCUUCUUCCAUUUUCUAAUGAUUGCUCCAACAGUGGACCUUUUUUCACCAAGCCGCUUGGCAAUUUCUCCGUAGCCCUUUCCAGCCUUGUGGAGGUGUACAAUUUUGUCUCUAGUGUCUUUGGACAGCUCUUUGGUCUUGGCCAUGUUAGUAGUUGGAUUCUUACUGAUUGUAUGGGGUGGACAGGUGUCUUUAUGCAGCUAACGACCUCAAACGGAUGCAUCUAAUUUAGGAUAAUAAAUGGAGUGGAGGUGGACAUUUUAAAGGCAGACUAACAGGUCUUUGAGGGUCAGAAUUCUAGCUGAUAGACAGGUGUUCAAAUACUUAUUUGCAGCUGUAUCAUACAAAUAAAUAGUUAAAAAAUCAUACAUUGUGAUUUCUGGAUUUUUUUUUUUUAGAUUAUGUCUCUCACAGUGGACAUGCACCUACGAUGACAAUUUCAGACCCCUCCAUGAUUUCUAAGUGGGAGAACUUGCAAAAUAGCAGGGUGUUCAAAUACUUAUUUUCCUCACUGUACAUGUGUUGAUGUGAAAUGUGUGCCAGACAGUAAUAAAGAAAAUGUAAUUUCCAUCUUUCUAGUAGAAGACACUUACUCAAACAAGUUAAUUUUCAAACUUAGCUUAAUUUAUGUUUAAUUUACCAUACUAUUUUAAGCAAACAUUAUCUGUCUUACUUACCACAAAACAAAUUUGCAGAUGAAUUCAGUUGUUUUAGUAUGUCAAUAAAAAUAAAUAAAUAAACAUUCCCUUCGGGUCCGCA